CAUGGUACCCGCACAACAGGAACAGAAGAUGAUAAUAAUAGUUCUGGGGUCGUUGUGAAGCCCUUCCCACUUGGCUUCGAACAGCUGUGGUGGACGAGUCUGGGAGGUUACUUAAGGAGUCACGUGUCCGCGAGCGUGCGAGGUAAUUUUUUUCCUGACGACGUGAAGGUGUCGUUGAUCGCAGGGUUCGAUGAUUGUAGCUCUUGCGUGAAACAGGUUGCCGAUCAGGUGUAUGAGUAUCUGGAUUUUAAGAUAGAUUUCUUCGAAGCCGACAGGAGGAUCAUUCCUGUAGCAGAACGACAGCGAGAGCCUUCGCCAGCAGCAACCGCAUUCGGAGCAAGUCGACGAGCUCCAUCAGCAGGAGCUUCAUCAUUUGGAGAAGAACGGCGUCGACCAGAGUCUACAACCACCUCUUCCACCUUUAGUAAACGACGAAACUACUCCUGGUGUACGACUCUUACUAGUAUUGCAGAGCCGCGUGAGCACGCGAGGCGUCCGUUGCUGUCAGUGACGGCAAGGUUCGAGGCGGACAGGGACAACAGGUAUCCGAACGGGCAGUUACGGCAGAGUACAUUCAGGAAACUGAGAAUAUCUAACCACGGAG